AUGGACCACGGGGCGGACGACGGCCGCAAGCGGCAUUUUGGUGGCGACCGGCGGUUGGAGGGAGAGGGCUACAGGCGGAGGGAUGCAGGCGGGAGGUUCGGGGACGGGAAUGGAGGCGGCGGCGGUGGGAGACAAGACGACGGCGGAAGGUACAACAACGAUUACUCUUUCGGGGGCGGAAGCGGUCAAGGCGGCCGCGGCUACAACAACAACGGGGUUGGCUGGUGCGACCGCGACCGCGACGGCGGAGGCGGAGGGCGCGAUGGUGGUGCUGGCGGCGGCCGGGAUGGCAACCGUGAUGGUGGUGGCGGAAGACGUGCUGAUGGUGGGAGACAGGACGGCGGAGCCAGGUUCGUGGAAGGGGACCAGGGUUACCGCUACCAGGAGCGGGGCCGGGACAGGGAGUCUCCCCCGCCAUGGUGGAGGGAGCAGAGGCUCUGCGAGGAAGCGCUGGCCAAGAGGCCGGUAGAACAGACCGGGUCCAAGGGGCAGGGCGACGGCCCAUCUGGUCAGGGCGACCGUGAGCGUGGCCAGCGAUAA